CAGAUGUGGUUUUCCUGUGCCAGAAACACGCCCACCCAGACCGGCUGCAGAAGCGUGCACACGGCAGGAUGUGACACGCCGAGUCGAUGGAAAUGUGUCUGUUUGAUCUGUUCAGCGUUUAAAACCAGAUCAACACUUGCUUCCUUAACCCUGACCGUUUCCGAACCUAAACCGUCACAACCAACCUUUCCCUGACCUUAACAACAACCUUCUCUGAACCUCAACCACGGAUUUGUUUGAUGCCUCCAGUGCCUCCUGCUUGGAAUGAACUCAAACUUCCAACAAGUCCUCUAAUCCAUGCAACCACAUCAUUUGUUCAUUGUAGUUUGUUCCCAGCUUUUAAUACAACCCAAAGGACCAUUUCCCUUUGUUUGGGUAUUUUGGGUUGCAGAAGACCUAAACAAAUUAGAGGACUGGGACAAGCAACACAAACAAACAAAGUGAAUUUUGUCUUUAUUCUGUGCCGACAGGACUGAAGACAUCCGUUCCUCCGUUGUUCUUCCUCGUCUUCCUCCAUGAAUUUGUCCUCUGUCGCUUGUUCGCUUUGGUCUUCUGGCUGCAUUUCCACUUUUCAUGGUGCAGAUGGACUAAACUAAAGUGAAGGGAAACAAAUCUCUCUCCCGAGAAGGCGCUGGAGAGGAAACAGAGCACAGAGUCCUCCUGCACAGGCAGGAAGGGGGCGGGAUGUCCUCGGUUUAUCUGACAGAAUCUGGUUUGUUUGUCACAUCAGCGAGCCGGAGGAUGGAGGGCACAUCUCUACACUUGCCACUGUUGCUGACCACGCUGCUGUGCUGCCGACCCACCAAAGCCUCCCUCACUGUGACUCCCAGUGCAUCUCAGUUAUUUAAUGGUGAGGCUCUCCAUCUGAGCUGUGAGGAAGACUCUGCUGGAUGGACGGUGAAGAGGAACACGACCAUAGAAACCAUGACAGAGUGUGGACGCAACUGGGGAAACCUAACAGCUUCCCCUUGCAGAAUCAGGUUCACAUUCUUCUGGGACACUGGAGUUUACUGGUGUGAGUCCAGAGAGGGAGCAACCAGCAACACCGUCACCAUAACCAUUACUGGUGGUGAUGUGAUCCUGCAGAGUCCUGUCCUUCCUGUGAUGGAGGGAGCUGCUGUGACUCUGAACUGUACAACCAGGACUCCCUCCAACCUCCCAGCUGAUUUCUAUAAAGAUGGCUCCCUCAUCAGGACCGAGUCUACAGGACAGAUGACCAUCCACCCUGUUUCCAAGUCUGAUGAAGGCCUCUACCACUGCAACAUCUCUGGUUAUGGACAGUCUCCACCCAGCUGGCUGGCUGUGGCAGUUUCAGAGAGACCCACGACACUCCUCUGUGCUCCUUCGCCUUCCUCUGACCCCCUGUCCUGCCUUCGGGCCCUGCUGUGGUCUCUGUCUGGCCUGGUUCUGCUGGUUCUGCUGGUUCUGCUGGUGGUGGUUCUGGCGCGACGGAGAAAACCUCAAGCUGACGAUGUAAACCCAGCAGAUGAUGACAUCACGUACGUUGACAUCAGGUGUGAUGACUCGCAGCGGCCAGUCACACACAGGAAAGAGUGUGUUCCUGCUUCAGUUUACUCAGAAGUGAAAGCACCUGGACACGUCACCUCUGGACAAGAUGUCAUCAGACCACACAACUCUCCAUCAGAUCCAGAGGGUUUCUACUCCUUGUUGAUGCUGCCGUCAGCUGCAACUGUCCCCGUAGAGCCUUAAAUUCUUCACUUUGCACAUCUAUUAAUUUAUUUUACUAUGUUCUGCAUGCACAUUAGAAGUUCCAUCCGUCUUUUUGAGCUUCUUAUCACUCGACUGAAGUCUAGCAGUUUGCUGUCGUGGGCUGAACACCUUCAAAUGUGAAGCUUGGUCCUCCACAUUCCUCAGGUGCAUCUGCUUCUGUGUUUUCAGUGGACAGUGUGAGUGAAUAAGAGACCAAAGUUCAUUAUGGCUGCUGGAGGAAAAAGGUUUAUGCUAUUAUAUGUGAACUUUUCUGGGUCCUUUUGCUAUUUAUUGCCGUGGCGACCCACAGGAUCAGUAAAGUUUAUACUUGCCAUUUGUUUUUGUGUCUGUGGUUUCUAUAAAACUGUGAGAUGGAAGGUUUCACUUCCUCCGGCUCUGUUUGUGGCUAACCG